GAACGAAUGAGUUGGAUUUAGUUUCAGAAUUCAGAUCUGCGUUUGUCACGAUUAUUGUUAAUAAUUUGCAGAAAAAAUCUAAAGAGAUACUAAAAUUCAAGAGAAAUAAGAAAUUAACACUUGUCUGGUCUGAAACGUAUAGAAAGCAGACUCAUUAGAUUCUAUAACCAAAUAAUAGUUUUAAUUAAAAAUAAAGUAACAUAGUAGUUAUAAAUAAAAUGUUGUUAUAAAAGUAAUUGCUCAAUAUAUAAAUAGAAGUUAGUGUUAUAUUAUAUUUAUUGAAAACAGUGUGUUAUAAGUGUAAUAAAUGUGUGAAAGAUAUCCGGGGUAUUUGUUCGGAGGAACCCCUGUCAGUAGUUGGGACAGGAGUUUCAAUUCACUGGAAAAUCAAAUCCAACAACAGUACCGGGGGAGGGCAGGCGCCGGCGCGCGCUGCUGGGGCAGCAUGUCUGAAGGGGGCGGAGUCUCCGCCGCCGGUGGGGACUCGUGCAAGACCAACCUCAUCGUCAACUAUCUGCCGCAGACCAUGACCGAGAAGGACUUGUACGCGAUGUUCAUGACCAUAGGACCCAUUGAGAGUUGUCGGGUUAUGAAGGAUUUCAAGACUGGCUACAGCUAUGGCUUCGGCUUCGUGAACUUCACGCGAGAAGAGGACGCGGCGCGGGCGAUCGACACCUUCAAUGGAUACCAGCUCAGAAAUAAACGGUUAAAGGUAUCAUACGCGCGCCCUUCAGGGGACGACAUAAAGGACACGAAUCUGUACGUGACGAACUUACCGCGCGCCAUCACUGAGGAUCAGCUGGAGACCAUAUUCGGCAAAUACGGCAGGAUAGUGCAGAAGCAUAUACUGAGGGACAAGAGUAAUGGGACGCCGCGUGGAGUCGCUUUUGUGAGAUUCGACAAGCGUGAAGAGGCACAGGAGGCGAUAGCAGCGUUAAACAAUGUGAUACCAGAGGGCGGCACUGAGCCACUCAGCGUUAAGGUGGCCGAAGAGCAUGGUAAGCAGAAAGCUGCUUACUAUGCGGGAUGGGCGGCGGGAUUCCACCAUAAUAGAGCCUCAGUCCACCACAUCCCUCAACGCCAUCACAGCCUCGACCAACUCGACAUGCUGCACAGCCGGCAAGAUUACACGACCAACUACGGAAUGUACGGCGGCCUGUCCAACCGCUACCUUCGCCGCGACUACUUCAACCAGCCCUCUUAUAUGAGCCAUCACCGCCCAUUUUGAAAAGGGCUUUACUGUAAGAAGUUCCGUCUAACCGAUUCAAGGAUAUAGACGGAGAGACUUUUCAUUUUAGUAGUGUAAUAUAGUGUUGGUGUUAUAUUUAAGUGUUUGUGGGAGUUUUUGAGGAGUGGGUAUGCUGUUGUAUAUUGCGGAUUUUAGAAUAGUUUUUAGUGUUUUUCUUUUGUUCUGAAUUCGACUGCGUUUUCCUGAAAGUGGUUUUUGUUUGCGUAUUUUAAGUGAUCACACUACGGCUAGUGUCUUAGCUCAUCUGUAUUUGGCCAAUUUUCGAAAACAUUUUCGUUUCAAAAAGUUUUACUGAGCAGCGAAAUAGCUAACUUCAGAUUAGUAAAGGUAGGUCUAUUAUGUGAUGUUCUGUUUGACAAAAUUUAAUUAUACGUCCUACCACCAUUUCGGCGUAAGUUUUAACUGUAAGAAAAUUUAUAAUUAGUUAGUAAAAGUGUUCUCAAAAAUUCCCACAACAGUUCUUAUGUAAGUGUGGUUUAAAUGUUAAUUUGCGCUUAGUUCCCCCCUCCAUUGUUGAAUUCCUAAGCUUCUUAUAUCUAAUCUAAGAUAGAAAAGACUCCUAUGAAGUAUGGUAACGUUUGACGGAGUUGCCAGUAACGGGAACAGAUUUUGUUGCCAGACUAAAAUUUUUUUCUCGUUGUUUAUGCUCUGGCCACGACUGAGGCGCUGUUAAAUAAUAUUUUAAAAUUGAAAUUUUGGAUAAUAAAAAUUACUUCGUGUUGGGUUGAGAAAGAUUGACCUGUCCAUUUCAUUUGUUUUGAUUAAAUCUCUUGAUUGAAAAAUUAAUAUUUUAACAAUUUAUUUUCAAAACAUUAUUAUGAAUUAAACUCCAAAUUCCUAUUUUAAUAUUCUUACAUUUCAUUCACUUCUCAUCUUAUUUCCGGCUCAGCACAAGAUAUAAAAUUAAUAUUUAUAAAACUAAUCUGAAAGUUAUACUAUAAAACUGAGGGACCCUGUCUCAGCACAAAAAUCCUGUUAUUGAAUUUUUCUAGAUCUUUCUAGAUUCUAGACGUCUCAUAGUGAAGCACUUGCAGCGUUUACCAAUAGAGAAUGUUUAGACACGAAAAUAAUAAAGGACUUAUGUAUUAUAUUAGUAUUUGUACUCAAUUCUACAAUAGUUUCGGCUUUCGAUUUUACACGAAAAUGAUAUGUUUCUUAUUCUGCGUUAAAGCCUCGUAAUAUUUUUAUUCGCCGCCUUGUUUAAAAUUAGAAACUAUUUUGUGCCAUUUCGUAUGUAGAUAUUAAAACCAAAAUAUUUUUGCUUUACCUCUAAGUUCUUUUUAAUUGUAAGCUAUCGAAUAUUGUUAAACUGAACUGUAACAGAAUAUGUAUGUCUGACACUACGAACGAAAUCAUUUAAUAACAUAAGUUGUGCAAAUGUCAAUUUAUUAAUUUUAUCUUCGUAAUGUUGUUCACACAAAUUGAAUUCAUUUAUUAGUAGGAGAUAUAUUUUUAUAGUUAUAUAGCAUUAUUCAAGUCAUGAGUGCUUAACCGGAUAAGUAUGUUGUAUGCAGACAAAUACAAAUUGUAGAAAUAUACGCUGGCUUAAUUUAAACGUCUAGUAUGCAUUAUUUGUAUAGUCAUACACGUAGUGGAAAAUAAUUUGCAACAACUCUAUGCUGAUAAGCUUAAAAAGCCUGCUUUGUUGACACGUUAUUGCGCAAUGCUUUGCGCAAGAAAUGCGCAGUGUUGCGCAAGAAAUGUGCAGUGUUGCGCAAGAAAUGCGCAUUGUUGCUUACAAGCUUCUCGGACUAUAUUUUAUUUAUAUAAAAUAUUUGUGUGAACAACAUCACCAACUUAUCGGCUUAUGAAAACAUAUAAUGUGCUCAAUAGAAAUAAAUAUAUUAUUGUCUGUUAAACAGCGUUGUAGCUAGUCGUUUGUAUAAAUACAAACAUUUUCACUAGUUCACUAUAAAGUAUGUGAUCAUUGACCCGGUACGCGCUUGUAUCUAGAUCUUAUGCUGUUAAUAUUAAUUUGUUUUAACUAGAUGAUAAUAUGGUUUAAGCACUGUAUUGUUAUAUUUUAGGCUGUUGAUCUCUAUAUAAGUUACCGCUGCGGGAAUUGUGGAUUGCGUUAAAAAGCGAUGUUAACAAAUGCAGUAGUUUGAGCCUUGCUUUAAGUAUGCGUAUUUAUAUGUAGUGCUUUAAACAAAACUGAAUACUGCCGCAAUCGCUUUAUUGCACCAAUUGUCACAGACUAUUAAUAUUGAAUAAUUAAAGCAGUUUCUUGAACAGACAUGUCGCCUACAAUCCGUUCUACAAAUUCCAGAUUAUCGCUUUUUAAUGUGAUCCACAUUUGCCGUUAAAGUUGGCGUUUAGUUACUAAGCUUUGUAUUUACACAUUGUUGCACUAGAUAAGUACAAAAUAUUAAGUUAUAUAAACACAUUGAUGUUAGUUUGAUACGUAAUCGGAAGGCUUCUGACGUAAUGAACGCUUAUUUUUGACAGAUUUCAAAUAUUAAGCUUUUGCUUUCACAAAAUAAACUCAUUAACAUGAGAGCUUAGCGGUUAUAAGCGCUUUAUACUUUGGCCAAUAUCGAUUUUAAAUUAUUCGAUUCAAUAUCGAGUUUUUGCCGAUUCUAUAUCGAUUAUUUUAUCGAGCUUUUAACAAUAGCAGCUGAUUAAAAUAUAUUAUUAAAGUUUCGUAUAUUUGAUCUAAUGUUUGUUCGUCUUUCUAGCGUUGCCCCGGCCUGCAGCCAGGGCUCCGCUGACCGACUAACUCUACGCAUCGGUCUAGCGCGUCCGGCGGCCAUAUGCAAUCGCCAUCUUUAAAUUGUGUUAAUGCUGUUUGAGACAUUUGUUUUAAAUGUUUAAUGUAUUUUUUUUUUAGUUUUUUGUGAUAAGGUUGUGUUUUGGUUGUAAAACUGGUGUUCGUCUGGCAAGUGGAGUAUUAACAAUGGUGUUAUAGAGUUUUUUUAAGAUAUUAUGGCAGUAAGAUGUAAGUCUAUAAAAAUCGAAUCGACAUCAACAUCAAGAAAUCUUGAAUUUUACCCAACACUUGAUAGCCACCAUCCAAUUAGUCUGUUUGUAUGUUUUCCGAAAUGAUUUACAGUUUGUGUCAAAUUUUUCAUUUUAAGUAACUUUAAUGUAACUUGUACUGUGUGUAUGAAGUCAAUUUUGAAGCAGAUAUUUACCUGAUUGAAAUGAAAUGUUAGUACAUAGUUCUUUUGCCAGCCAAAUGACAGUACACCAAAACCUAACACCAGCUAAGAAUAUAAUAAUACGCGUUCAUUACGGCGGAAUUACAUUGACAAUAUGCAGCGGUGAUCAGUAAGUUCAAUAGUUCGGAGUUUACCAGUGUUGUUCCCGUAUCGACUACGUUCCUAUUCUAUAUGUGAUGGGUGUCCGGACAUCGUGUUAACAUUUAAUGAGAUUUUAGUAAGGAGGCUGGUUUGAAAUUGAAUUUAAAAGUAAAUUGAUAUUUUUUUGUUGUACAAUCUUGAUACUUUUUGGUCGUCAUUUUUUCGGAUCAAAUUAUUCGAUUCUCGAUUCACCUGGCUACGCAUGGCAGCACUUUUAACUCUGAUUCAAUGUUGCCAUAUUAAUACUGAAAAAGAUGGUUAUAAAUCAAGGGAUUGUGUUUAAGAAAUCUGGGUUCAAAAUUACUUUUAUUCAUCUGAUAUUUACGCUCUGAAACUAUUGCAUUAUUAUCAUCAAAAUAUAUAAAAAUCUAGUCAAACUUAAAAUUGUAAAAAAGUGUAUAAAGUAUGUAUUAAGAAAGAGAGAGAUAGAUAAACCGUCCCGAUACCCAUCACAUGGUCUCGUCCCUUCCUAGGCUAGUGACUGUAUAUUGUACUACGUAGGUAACUGUAGACUCUUGAUAAGUACUCGAGUUCAGUGGGGAUAAACAUAUUAUAUCCAGUAUUAAAGUGCGUUAUUAUAAAUUAUUGAAUGUAGUCAACAUUAAAAAGUAAGCCGAAAGAAGUUUGUAUCUGACAAAAGUCUGACUGUCAUAAAACUGUUUCGUAUACUCGUUUAAAUAUUAUGACUUGUCCAAGUGUGAAACUGAUAUUAAAGUUCUGAAGUGAUUGCAUUUUCUAUGGAUUAAAUGGACGUUUAUAAGUAGUUUAUUUUGUGUGAAGGUUGUCUAGGUACUUAUUAUUUUAGAUAGGUUUUUCAUAAGUAUGUUCCUAUAGGUUAGUUUACGAUUAUUUAUCGAAUAAAUGAACAGAAUUGCUGUCUCUUGAAUGACGUGAUAUGAAAAUGAACAAGCGUUGAUAGCAUCAACAAUUCAAUUAUUUUUCUAGGAAGCAGUAUUUUUGGAUAGUGCUUGAGCACCUCUAAUUUUAGGGAAUUAUUUAAAAAUAAUUAAUAAUUUUAUUGCAUGUUUAUGACGAUUAAAAUUUAGUAAUAUCUUAAUUAUUUAACAAUUUAUUAGUGCUAAGUUCUUUUAAUUGCAUUUCUUACGACAUUUAAGUUUUUAAGUUCUAUAUUCCUCACUGAACACGGAACGUAGGUCUAGAAUGCUAGAACUAGUUUCCCAAUGUGAAUUGUGCCUAAAUAAAGCGUAUCUCUAAGUGAUGUACUAUCGGGUUCACCAAGUCUAGUGUUUGACGAAAUUUAAAACUUGUUAAAAGUUAAUAUUUAAAACUGAACACGUGUAAGUAGGGUGCUGUUCUCAAAGAAUGUUUGGGAAUUAUAAAUAACAAUAUGCUAUUAAAAUAAAAAUGUUGUAAAUGUAAGCUUUGGUCAUGGGAAGGCACCCAAUAAUUGUUUACGAUAAGUGUGACAAGAUUAGGAAUGUGAUUGUAUGAGCGCGACUUAGAAAGGAGUCCAGAUGUGUGAACAUUUCUUUGUAUAUAAACAUUCCCAUAUAAUUUAACUCAUAAGUUUCUACGAUAAAAUUGCGAUGAGGGAACAAGAUUUCCUAAAGGCACGUUCAAAAAUGCGUAAGUGAAGUUGUCGUACUGCCCUUGUAAGACCAUUUCGCUUUUAUUAUUAAAAUGCGACUGAUAUAUUGUGAAUAUAAAAAUGUUACUUCGAAUUAGAUACGUCACGAUUAUAAACUUCCAAAGGACAGGGGUGUGUACAAAUAAAAUCGCUAAAUACAUUUUGUAGGUCGAUUCGCUGUGAUAAGCGAUUUUAAAGUCAUUUAAAAUUAGUGUCCAAAUGACUUUUGUAUAUUAAAAGAAAGUGUGUUUCAAGCUUUUUAGUAAGUCCUCAAAAUAUCCUGUCAUGAACAAUUUAAGACAAUCACCUUCGUCAAUCUUGUAGCGCUUAUAAUAUUUUUUAAAUAAAAAAUUGUUAAAUAAAAAUGUCUGCGUGAAUGCUUGUCGGUACUGUUGUUAUAUUAUGUGGCUGUAGUUAUAAUAUAUUGUGUGGCGUCUGUUAGUUAUAAUACAAUUUAAUUUUAAUAUUUAUAUUAAACUAUGCAUGUGAUGUGACCAUGUUUUUCUAUCCAAUGUUGGUACGCGACUAGAAAUACGGCCUAUUUGCAACCAUACUCUUCAUAACAAAUUGUUGUUAAAAAAAUAUAUAAUUUUGAAUUUAGAAUAUCGUAUAAUGACAACAUUUAUUGAUGUCUAGAGAAAUAGAUGUGUUCUAAAAUUGAAUUAACGAAUAGUGACUUGAAAUAGUUCGUAUUUUUAGUCGAGUUUGCUUUUUAGCAUCUUAAAUAUCUGUUAUCACUAUAAUUGGCCUUAUGACGAUUAUUAUAUGAAAUUAUAAUAAUUUAAGUUCUUACUUAUGAUAAUAAUUCAAUUAUUAUUAUUACGAAUAUUUUAGAUGUUAUAAUGAUAUUUGUAAAACUAAUUAUUUAUUAGUAUAUUGUACUAUUAGUGGUUAAUUUGUCAUACAUAUAUUUGACUGUAAAUUACUUAUUUAUUAAUGUUGUAGUUUUCGCUUAUCGAGAGAGGAAUAUAUGAGAUUAUCGAUAUAUUUAAUGAAAUGGAAUAUUCACCAAUUAUUUUUAUUUACUGAUGAAUAACUAUUGAAGUUUAAUUUUCAUUGUUCUCCGCGAUAUUUAGUGAACUCACGCAAGGAAUGUAUUUUUUUCUCAACUUUCAUUAUUCCUAAUAAAAUCUGUAUCUACAAUGUUUAAUAAAUGUGACGGGUUCACGAGGCAAUUUACUGCUCUCUCACGAGCAAGGAAUAUUGUCACAUUAUAUUGAACAAUGUAACUUUGCCUAUAUAGCGUUAUAAUGUUUUAAAAUUUACAAAAAAAAAAUAAUAUGAAAAACUUUUUAAUAUUAUGAAAUAGUAUUUUGUGAUUGUAUUAAAGUGUACGUAAAAACUAAGGUUAGGUCGAACGAAAAUGCAAAAGUAUUCUUCCAAACUUUGGCCAAACGAUAAUAGUGAUGUAUAAAUAAAUAUUAUUCAUGAA